AUAAAGUUUAGUAGUUUAGACUGGAAUGAGAUUCGCCCAUGAAAAUAAUUGAUUCAUUCUGUUUACAGCAUGAUUACAUCGAGUUUAGUGCUUAAAAAAUAGUUUAAAUGGAUCUAAAAUAGGUCAAUAAUUUUGUGACAAUGCUUCGAAACUGUUUAAUAUGAAUAUAUUAUCAAUUUAUGUGGCGUGCUUUGACAAAACAUCGAUUGUAAAAUGUUAGAUUAGUUUGUAAAAGUAAAACAAUGUCUGCAUUUAACAUUAAGCCAUCAGGUGGGUGGAUUCAUUCCGAUAAAUUAAUAGCUAGACAAGGGGCUACAUACACAGUAACAUAUGUGGGCUGCUUAGAAGUAAAAGUGUCUAUGAAAAAAUUAAAUUUCAAGACAAGAUCUAGCGUUGCCAAAGAAUGUAUAAACAGAGUUUGUGAAUAUUCGAAACUAAAAAACAUAGAUAAAAAAAGGAAAGUGGACAAGAAAGUAUUGAAAGCGAUAGCUGAAGUGCCCAACUUGAAUUUUUCCGGAUCAAACGUGAAUCUGAAUGUAUCAAGCACAAAUUUAACUCUUACAUGUCUCGAUAAUAAUCAAAUUAUUGCUUGUCAUGAAAUGCCAAGAAUCUCAUUUGCAUCAGGAGGAGAUGCUGACACCCUGGAUUUUGUAGGAUAUAUCGCCAAAGACACAAGUGAAUUAAGGGCUUGUUACGUGCUCGAAUGUGGAGGAGGCCUAGCUAAAGAUGUAAUAUCAACCAUAGGACAAGCAUUUGAAUUACGGUAUCAAUUAUUUGCAAACAAGGCCCCUGUAGGUUUGGGAACAACAAUUGGUCAUUUUUCUGGAUCCUCAGGAGGCGAUGCAGAAAAGGAUUAUUACAACGAUUUACCAGGGAAGGUCCCGCCGGAUGUGUGCGAACCACCUCCCGUUCCGCCACUUCCAUCUCUAGUGACUCCUCUCACAACUUUACCGCCUGUACAAACUCCAAAUUUAAUUGAUUUAAAUGCCGAUACUUUACUCGAGAGUCUGCACCAUGAUUACGUUAACGAUGGAGUUAUGCUGGGGAGGGAAAGGGAUAUAUUCGACAUGCAACCCUUUAUUUAUACACAAACAGCAGGAGCAAUGUAUGAUAAGGGAGAUGAUCCAAUAAGUAAAUUGGAAAAUGAAAUGUGGUUCCACGGACCGAUUAGCAGGGCAGAAGCAGAAAAUCUGCUUCAAAAAGAUGGGGAUUUUUUGGUUAGAGAGUCUACAAAUACUAUUGAGAGACAGUUUGUUCUCUCCGGCAUGCAAGACAAUAAUAAGAAGCAUCUGCUUUUGAUUGACCCUGAAGGAAUUGUCAGGACUAAAGACAGAAUAUUUAAUAGUGUUAGUCAUCUAAUUGAGUUUCAUUACGAAAAUGCUUUGCCUAUCAUAUCUGCAGAAAGUGCACUAGUGUUAAGGAACAAAGUACCACGUUCUUCGUAAUAUAUUUUUAUAAUCGUGAUAUAUAUUAUGUAUAUUUUAAAUAUCCAUUUUAUUACUUAGCUUAAUA